AUGGCAUUUGAUUUUGUGUUGAAUGCUUUGCCUUAUGGACUUGGGGAGGGAGGAAAGGACUUCAAAAAGCCCAGCGGGUCAUCUGCUCAUUUUCUUCGCCACAACAGCAAUGAAUAUUUGGUCUUAACCUUUCUUGGUGGGGUUCUACUGACACUGCUGCUGAUGGCCCUUGCCUUCCUCAUCAUAAAGAGCUACAGAAAAUGUCACUCCAGUCCCCGGGUCCUGGAUCCUCACUCAGUUCCUCCAGCCGAGUUUUCACCCCCAGAGGAGGCACUUACCUAUGCCAACAUGACUUUCAAAAUCUCGAAAAAAAAGAGCAAUCACCUGACCAUGAACCAUUCUUCAGACUCGGACUCCAUUGUCUAUGCUCAAAUUAAAGUAACAAACUCACCUUGCCUUUCCAGUGAGGUGUGA